GCAAAGUUGUUAGCGGCUGGAAGUCACGGCAGAACGAAAGUUUAUCAAUGGCAGGAAGUGAAAUCAAAUUAGAGGACAAAUUGGAAAAGUACUGGAGGCGUCUUUUCUACCUCCGACCAUUAGCAGAACCCACUGGCUUAGACCUCUCUGAGCUGGAGUACUUUGGAGUAUUUAGUGUUAGAGAUCCACUGGCUCCAGACCGAAGACUUUGGCACAUAUACAGCUGCACACAGCCGGAAAUUCCGGAAUUGGGGAAUAAAAUACGCCAGAAAUAUGGAAAGAAGAACGUAUGGGAAAUAUAUAGGAAAUCCACAUAUAGUGCAGUUGGAUUCCGGAGUAUUGUACGGAAACAUUUCUCCCACUUGAAGUGGAUCACAAACGGAAAUCUCUUGGAGGCUCCGGCAAAGAGCCACUAUAAUGAUGAACGGGUCGUUAGGGACGUUAGUGAUUUGUACGAAAGAGAGCAGAGAAGGCUAUUUGACUAUAUAAUGGUCCAGCACGAUUGGUUCAAGCGCUAUAACGACCAAAAACCUCCCCCGCGCCGGCAUUGAAAAUGUAAAUAAAUAAACUGAAAAGCACAUCGCUUAUCGAUAAACGGCA